AUGGCCGCACUCAGACUCGCCGGUCCCUCCGUGGGAUUCCUCUCUUUGACCGCCGUUACUCGAACACUCGGCAUAUACUCGACCGCCAGCACGUCGAUAUCGGCUUCCCUUGCCUCGAAAUACCAUGCAUCCCGAUAUGCAGUCGCUGCUGUGCUGCCGUCUCUGCUGUCAGAUAUCUGGGAGUCGAUCCUCCGCGCUGUGCCCAAGAAGAAGACCUCGCACAUGAAGAAACGACACAGACAAAUGGCUGGAAAGGCCUUGAAGGAUAACACCAGCCUCAACACAUGCCCGGCUUGUGGGAACACCAAGCGAGCUCACUUGCUCUGUCCUCACUGCGUUGCCCAGGUUAAGAGACAUUGGAACUCUCAAAGUGCUACUCGCAACGUAUAA